AUGCCUUUAGCAGCUAUAACACCUGUAUUAAAUGAUUUACUUAAUAAAGAUAAAGAAGGGGGCACUUCAUCUUAUCCACACCGUUCAUCUCAACCACAAUUACCUAAUUCUAAUGAUGCACAAAAUGUUGGUGAUUACCUGCGUAAACCAUCUACUAUUUCUAAUCAAUUUUCAUCAACAACUAUUGAUGACAGUUCUCGUCAUCAUUCAAUGACUGCAUUCAGAUUGGGCAAAUCAAUAACACGUGAAGAUUCAUUUUUACGAAGAUUUUCUAAUCGUUAUGGAUAUCGAGGAUUAGGGAAAAUGGAUCUAGCAAAACGAAAUCUUCGAUUAAAUAUUGAAAAAGAAGAACCAAUUAAAUCACAUUAUGAAUUUAUUAGACGAAUACUUCGUACAUGUAAUUAUUUUGUUAUAUCAACAGAUGAACCAUUUUUAUUUUAUUGGUUACUUUUAUUAAAUAUAUUUGUAUUAUAUAAUCUUUGGUUUUCUAUUGCACGUCAAGCAUUUGAUCAAUUACAACAAGAUUAUUCAAAAAUAUGGGAAAUUAUGGAUUAUUUAGCUGAUGCUAUUUAUUUUCUUGAUAUUUUUAUUCAACUUCGAACCGGUUAUCUUGAACAAGGUUUACUUGUUUAUAAUCAUUAUAAACUUGCAAUGAAUUAUAUUCGUUCAUCUCGUUUUAUAUUCGAUAUAAUAUCUUUAACACCCUUAGAUAUACUUCAAAUAAAAUUUGGUUCAAUACCAAUUCUUCGUUUUCCACGUUUUUUAAAAGUUUAUCGAACAUUUCAAUUAUAUUAUUUACAAGAAUCACGAACUAUUUAUCCAAAUACAUAUCGUGUUCUAAAUCUUUUUCAUAUACUUCUUCUAUUGGGACAUUGGUUAGCAUCAUUUUAUUUUAUGGUAUCAAAAGCUGAAGGUUUUGUUGGUUAUUGGUCAUAUCCAAAACCUAUUGGAAAUUUUUCACAAUUAGCAAAAAUGUAUCUUCGUUGUUUAUAUUGGUCAACAUUGACAUUAACAACAAUUGGAGAUUUACCACCACCGGAAACAAAUUGGCAAUGGCUCAAAAAUUUUUCGAACAAACGCUACGCUUUUUUAAUAAGCGUUCAUUUGUUCGCCGUUUUCGUCAUAGCUAUUAUUGUGGGACAAGUUGGUAAUGUUAUUACAAAUCGAAAUGCUAGUCGUUUAGAAUUUGAACGUUUAUUGGAUAGUGCAAAACAAUAUAUGCGUUCACAUAGUGUACCAGCUGAAAUGCAACGACGUGUUCAACGUUGGUAUGAUUAUUCUUGGUCACGUGGUCGAAUGUCUGGUGCUGGUGAUGUUCAUUCAAUAAAACUUUUACCAGAUAAACUUAAAACAGAAUUAGCUCUUCAUGUCAAUUUAGGAACUUUAAAAAAGGUGACUAUAUUUCAAGAAUGUCAACCGGAAUUUUUACAUGAUCUUGUUUUAAAAAUGCGUGCAUAUAUAUUUACACCAGGUGAUAUAAUAUGUCGUAAAGGUGAAGUAGCACGUGAAAUGUUCAUUAUAGCUGAUGGUGUUCUUGAAGUAGUCAAUGAGAAAAAUGAUGUUCUAACACGUUUGGGUGCAGGUGAUUUUUUUGGUGAAAUUGGAAUUUUAAAUAUUGAUGGUGCUAAUCGACGCACAGCUGAUGUACGAAGUGUUGGUUAUUCAGAAUUAUUUUCUUUAUCAAAAGAAGAUGUUUUGGAAGGUUGUCGAGAUUAUCCUGAAGCUGAACGUACAUUAUAUGAAUAUGCUCAAAAUCGUCUUGGUUUUGAAAAAGCUAAAAAUGAAGCAUCACAAAAAAUGAAAGGUGCACUAGGUACUUUAACAUCAAUUGCAUCAUGUUUAACACAUAAUCCAAUGGCAACAACGCCAGCAUCACUAAAUAUGUCACCGAUACAAGAAAACAAUGAAAAAGAUUUAAGUAAUAAUAGUCCAGAAAAUGAAGAUCCAACUGAACAAACAUCAUCAGUAGAUCAUACGAAAUCGAUAUCAAAAACUUCCAUUUCUAAUUUACAAAAUUUUAACUGUGAUAAUCAAGAUAAACUUCUAUUUCAUCAAAAUUUAUCAUCAAAAAAUUUUUCUUUAGUUCAAUCAUUAUAUACAUAUUCAAAUGAAUUGAUGAAUGAUAUUGAAUCAUUGAUUAGAGAUAAAAUGCUUUCAAUUGAACAAUCUUAUCGACAACAAAUUGCAGAAUUACAAGAACAAAAUGAACGUAAAGAUAUACGAAUGAGAUUAUUAGAACAAAAAUUACAAAAAUUACAGAGAGCAUUAUUCAAUCGAAAUCGACUAUGGCUUGAAGAAGAAUGA